CUUUUUCGUCACACGGCAGUCUUUUACGUCUCAAAGGAGAUAUUUUUUGCAAAAUGACCAAUUUAUCUUUGAGAAUUUUCCCUGGUAUGGGGCUUCAGGGUUGCCGUGCUUUAGGCCAACGACAUCGUCGCGCGAUCAAGAACGCAUAAACCCAUAGACAAAUAGGUGUUCUUCAGAAGCUAGCUUCUGGCUUUCUGGCCAGUGUAUAUAGCUGCUUUGAACAGUUCUCGCUUGGCUCCGCUCCAUUUUACUCAUACAUAUUCAUCAUGUCUGUGGCGGCAAGCAAAAUCUGUCUGUCUACAGAUAUAUUUGGUCCUGUGAAAAGUGAUUUCUAUCGACCAAAAUAUUUUGCUGUUGACAUUGAUGGAACUUUUCUCACACAUAAUGAUGAUGCUCAAGAGAAGAAUCGUCAAGCCUUCUCUCGUGUUGUAGCUGCAGAGUACAAUAUUUUCUUCUGUACAGGGCGUCCGUUGUCUUGCUCAAUCGGAGUUUUGGGUGACAAUUACAUAAAAAGCACGGGAUACAGUGGUUAUCCUGGAAUAUAUCACAAUGGAGCCGUUGUUUAUGGCCAUGCUGGUGAGGUACUACGCAUGGUAAAGUUCAGUAGGGACUUUAUGACUGCAUUUUGCCAAUACAUAGAGAACAAUGGGUUGCAGCGUUAUGUUCUUUUUGCGGACAUGUACAACUUCUACAUGUUAGACAAUGACUGUAGUCAGCUGCGCCAUGCAAUGGACGAAAUAAACUACCGCGGUGAUCCGUUGGUUGUUUCUGUCGACGAUAUUUUGACCAAGAACAUUACCUUGAUUACGGUCCGCGGCGCUGAAAUCAUUACAAAGCAAACACACUUCGUUCGGGACGUCGAUUACGUAAUGAAAGCAGGUUCCAUUGGCUGCUUUGACAUAACGGCCGGUAGGUGUACCAAGGCCGAAGGUCUUAAAGUGUUGCUUGAAAAAUAUGGGCUCGGUCCUAAGGACUGCGGAUUUAUCGGUAACGGUACAAAUGAUAUCGAAGCUAUGGAUCUUUGCGAGUUAUCAUUUGCUGUGCGCAACUCAGAACCCACUGUUGCUGACCAUGCAAAGUACCAUCUAAACGAGACCAAUGACGAAGCAGCAUUUGCAAAGGCCAUUGAUAUUGUCUAUGGUUUGUAAUCAAC